AGAGAGUGAGAGCAGAAGUGGAGAGCUGGAUUUGAAGAGUUCUUCAAAGAGUACAACGUCCAUGGAGGGGAAGAAUCCGUCUUUCUACAAGAUCUUGAUGGAGCUCUCUUCCCAUCUCAGAUUGCCUCAAGGCUUCAUGCAAAAGUAUGGCAAAAUGUUGCCAAAACAAGUUGAGCUGAGAGUUUGCAACAAUACAUGGAAUACAUGGAAGGUGGGGAUGAAGAAACAGACUCUGGAUGGAGAGGAUCAUUACUUCUUCGAGAAAGGAUGGACCAAAUUCUGCGAAGACGCGCGGCUUGAAAUCUUCGAGCUGCUCGUCUUUUCUUACGUUGAUAAGUCCACCUUCUUGGUGACUGUGUAUGGAGUCACUGCUUUGGAGAAGACCAUCUUCAGUCCUCCACUGAUACGUGAAUAUCUCAAGAAUAUCCUCAAAUCUCUCUUAUUUAGUUAACAUAUCUUUCCAUAUAUUCGUAGUAUCUUUAUUUCUUAUUCCCUAAGUCAUUAUAGUCUUAUAAAUAGGAGAUAUUGUAUUCUUCUAUUCCAAUCAAGAAAUAUAAAAUUAUCUUUUUAGCUUUUAUCGUCUUUUAUCUUUUUGCAAUCCUAAAUCUUGGUUUGAUCGACCGGCAAAGCUCCGGCGACUACCUUUU